CACAAAAACAAAGAAUUAACUUCUACUAAUAAUUCUCUUCAAGAGGAUUUCUUCUUGCUGUAACGGGAAAAGUUGGAGUUAUGGCCAAAGACGAUGUAGCUGAAAUUGUUGAGAAGUCGGAAGAGAAAGCUGCUGCACCUGCACGUAAUCAUGAUUCAAACUCAGAGGCUACAGUGGAAAAUUCAGCCGUGAAAGAUGAAGAUGGAUCAAGUAGAAAUGGGUGGGUCUUUCCUUCAAAAGGGGAGAGUCAUGAUCCUGAAGAGCAAAUCCUUCAAAAGUGGAAGAAGAUAUUUGUAGCAUCAUGUCUGCUUGCUAUUUUACUGGAUCCAUUGUUUCUCUACGUUCCAAUGAUGAAAGAUGAUAUCAAGUGCCUGCAGUCUGACAGAAACUUGAAGAUUGUUGCUCUUCUUUUGAGAUCAGUCACUGAUCUUUUCUAUAUAUUUGACAUCAUUUUUCAAAUUUAUAGAUCUGAUUACUUUUUAGGUUUAAUUAAUGAAUAUCGUCGCAUAGAGCGCAGCAACUACUCAAAAAAACAAUUUUGUCGGGAACAUGUUGUGCCAAAAAUAGCUAAGACAAUCGGGGAGUCAUGUAAUAUCUUAAUUGAUAUUUUGGCUAUUCUUCCGCUUCCUCAGGUUGCAAUUCUCAUUUUCUUUCCAGAAAUGAGGGACUUGAGAUCUUUCAACACAAUAAGGAUGGUUAUCAUGAAUCUUUUUAUUUUGUUGCAAUAUGUGCCACGAGUGUUUCGCAUCUACUUGUCAUGUGAGGAACUUAAAAAGACUCCAAAAAAACAGAAUGGAGAGACUGCCAAAUGGGUUAAAUGUGUCCUCAAUCUCUUUAUGUACGUCAUUGCUAGUCAUUUCGCUAUUCAACGAAUGGGCAUUUGUUGGCAUAAUGCAUGUCGAAAAGUAAAUGGAUGUAACGCUAGUACCUUUGGAUGUCAUGACCAUCACACAUUUAGAAAUAUGACAUUUCUAAAUUAUUUGUGCCCUAUAAGUCCGAUGAAUACAACGCUCUUCGAUUUUGGUAUAUAUAUUACACUCCUUCAAUCUGGUAUAACGGGGUCAACAAAUUAUUUUGAAAAGCUCUCCAAUUGUUUUUGGUGGGGCCUGCAAAAUUUGAGUUCUUUUGGUUCAAACCUCGAGCCCAGUAUCAAUGGAUGGGAAAACCUCUUCGCGGCUUUUAUAUCUAUUAUUGGCUUGCUUUUAUUCUUAUAUCUCAUUGGAAAUUUGCAGGCAUACCUGCAGUUUGAUACCACAAGAAGAGAGACCCACAGACACAAGAUGAAAGUGAAACAGAAGAUGAAAGAGAAAGGUCAAGAGAUUGAGCUGUGGUUAUUUGGAAUCCCCGGAGGGUUGAAGGAGGAUAUAAAAUCGCAGAUCAUGGACAACGUUGAACAAGAACUUGAAGAAGACAGGGAUGCUAAUUUGGACUAUAUUCUCUCUACUCUUCCCGAGGAGAGGCAAAGCUGUAUUAAAAUUGGUAACCCUGUCACUAGGUUGAAGCAAGUGCCAAUAUUUCAAGACAUGGAUGAAAGCGUGUUGAAAGCAAUCCGUCGGUAUCUUGAGCCAAAUAAGUACACUAAAAACGAUAUCAUUACUCAAGAGGGUAAACCACUUGAAAUGAUGCUCUACAUUGUGGACGGAUUUGUAAACAUUGAAGAGAGAGAUGGUUCUAAUAGCUUGCAACGAGGAGAAGUAUAUGGAGAAGAACUUCUAGAUUGGCCAUUGUCAAACUCAUUUCCCGACGUAUUACCGUCAGCAACGUUGUCUGCUACGGCAGUAGGUGAUGUUGUAGCCCUUGCUGUCACGUAUAGCAACUUAAGGAAUGUGGUCUUUGAAUUCGGAAGGCAAUAUUUCUUUGGGAUGAUUAAAUGUCAAAAGUUUUCUGAUGUAAGUAAAAUCAUCAGAAAAGGAAUCUCUACAAGCGUUUACAAAGGGGUGCUACCAGAUAAAACAGUGGUUGAGGUAAAGAGGUACAGAGUAGAUUGUUCCUGGGAAGAUUAUCCAUAUUUGGUUAAACUGGUGGCUGUUGCUUCUCGUACCAACCACAUAAAUUUGGUGAGGCUCUUAGGCAAAGCAUCAUCACCACUUUCAUUGGAGUUACGAAUGAAGAUAGCAUCAGAAACUGCAGGAGCCCUAGCUUACUUGCGCUCAUUAACUACCGCGCCAAUCUUACCCUCUUUUGUGUCGACAAGUAGUAUACUUUGGGAUGAUAAUUGCACUGCAAAGUUGUGCAGCUUUGGACUUAGAUUUGUGCCCAACAAUAGCCGGUUUUCAUUGUUAUCUAUAAGGCAAGGAUGCUUCGACCCUGAAUCAAAGACACUACUAGAAAAGCUUGAUGUCUAUGGCAUUGGAGUUGUCCUAGCGGAGCUACUGACCGGUCCGAAUGCAAUUUCUUCAUCAGGGGAUCGUGACUUGACGAAGCUCGCAAGCUUAUUUCUAUUGCUAGGGGAAGAGGAUCGCUUGAAUGAAAUUCUCGAUGGCAAAAUAAUAGUGAAGGAAGGAGAUUUUGAGACAGCCAAAAAAGUGGCCCAUCUGGCAACAAGAUGUUUAAGGUAUGAAAAGGAGGAAAUGCCUUCCAUGAAAGAAGUAGUCGCGGAGCUUGAGGGAAUAUUGCACAAUCGUAGGGCAGAGCAAGGUGGAGAAGCUAGUUUCUCUUGA